UAAAGCUUGCUGAGAACAACCCCAGCUCUCUCCACUGCAAUCCAUCUCUCACCCUCCAACGUUGAUCUUGACCCAAGACUCCCAAGUCUCCCCUCCUUAUUCCAAGCUUUAUCCAUUAGCAUCACGAUCGACGCUGGUGGCCAUGUGGCGUAUUUAUCCAAGCGAAUCACCGUUCGACUUGUACACAACCUCGCUUCCCAGCAGGCGACAUGCCGAAUGUCUGGUCCACCAUGACCUCACCAAUCCUCGACUCCUUCCAAUCAUGUCAUGGAAAUCGUGAUGAAUGUGCAGCUUUGAUCGUCACCGUGUCCCGUGGGAGCAUCCCGCUUAUGGGCUUUCUCCUUUUGUGGUGACAACGGGUAAAUAGUUCAUUCGGCUACGUUAUUUGUCUCUUUAAACGGACUGCCUCCCCUUUCCACGAACGGGUCUUCAGAUUCCCUGCAAUUCUGAUAGUCGCGACCAUUUCCAUUACUCUUGCCCAACCUUCGACAUGUCUGAAGACGGGACCCUUCAUGAUCGAGAUGUCAUUGGCAACAAGGCCGAUGCAUCUCACGAAGAGCGCAUGCAUUGGGGUGCUUUGACUGAGGAGGAGCUUGCAAUCGAAAAAAAGUUGAGGGUCAGGGUUGACUUGCUCAUCAUGCCUCUGGUCAUCCUCAUCUAUUUGAUGAACUACAUUGAUCGCAACAAUUAUGCUGCAGCAAGACUUCAAGGUUUAGAGGAAGACUUAAAUCUCCAAGGGGACCAAUAUCAAACAGGUUUGAGUAUCCUGUUCGUCGGCUAUGUACUCGCCCAAGUCCCCUCGAAUCUCCUCUUGAAUUACACCGGCCGACCGUCACUAUACAUUGGAUUCUUCACUUGCGCAUGGGGUCUUGUCAGCGCGUGCACCAGUCAAGUUACAACCUAUGGUGGCAUCGUCGCUUGCAGGUUCAUUCUCGGCCUUGUUGAGGCUCCCUUCUUUUGUGGUAUUCUAUUCUUCCUGUCCAAAUGGUACACUAAAGCCGAACUCUCCCUUCGCAUGGCCAUCUUCUAUUCUGGCUCACUCAUCUCUGGCGCAUUUGGCAAUCUCAUCGCCGCGGGCAUUCUAUCUGGACUCGACGGUGCUCGUGGCAUGUCUGCCUGGCAAUGGCUUUACAUCAUCGAAGGAGUCAUCACAAUCUUCUUUGGCCUCCUAGUGUGCAUUAUCAUGCCCGACUUUCCAGAUACAUGGCGUGCUUUGACGCCUGAAAUGAAACGAGUCGCCAAUCGGCGUCUGGCGAUCGAUGCUGCCGAAGCCGAUGUCGAUGAAGCUGGAGCAAUGAGUCAAGUUCGAGGCAUGAAACUCGCCUUUACCGACCCCAAAACAUACAUCCUAGCUGUAGCCUAUGCCGCUGUUACUGGUGCUGCUGGUUUCCAAAAUUUCUAUCCGACUCUCACAAAGUCUCUGGGCUACUCCCAAGUUGUUUCGCUACUCUUGGUGGCUCCUCCAUAUAUCUUUGUUGUCUUCUGGUCCUUCGGGCACAGUUAUCUGUCGGACCGCGUAGGCAAUAGAUUCUGGUUCUUUAUGUACCCGAUUCCAAUAACGAUUGUGGGGUUCGUCAUUUUCAUGACUACCGACUCUUUUGGCCCACGCUACUUUUCAUUUUUCCUCAUCAACAUCAUUUUCGCCAUGAACGGCACCUGCUACGCCUGGAUUUCAAAUGCAAUCCCACGACCUCCGGCCAAACGCGCUGCUGCACUCGCAUUUAUCAAUUCAGUUGGCAAUUCGUCAAGCAUAUGGACUCCCUUCACCUAUUAUUCGGGUCAGGGUGAUCAUUUCCCCGUGGCACUCGGCAUUUGUAUCGGGCUGCAGGUCUUGGCGGGAGUGAUGGGUAUUUUGUUGAGAUUUGUGCUGACCAGGCAGAAUAAGAGGUUGGCCAGAUUGGAGGAUGAGAACGUCCAAUUGAGUGAGCGGGAGAUGGCCAAAUUGCAGAAAACAGCCGAGUUUGAAGGCAUUGAUAUUGCAGCCGCCCGGAAAAUGCAAAAGGGUUAUCGAUUCAUGAUAUAAUCGACUUACACGUCUAAAUCAGUGGAAAGGGUGAUGAGGACGAGGGUGAACAGCCUAAGGCUUUAAGUAGGAAAACACUGUACAUAGAACAGCAAGCACAGAGCCUUGCCUCAGAUUGUCACAUGCUCAAGCCA